GCACCCCUCGCUCGGCCCCGCCCCCGGCGCGAGCGGUUAAAUCCCCCCCACCCAGGCUGAAGCUCACACCUGCACCAUGCCUGCCUGUCGCCUGUGCUUGCCGGCUGCAGGCCUUCUUCUGGGGCUGCUGCUGUCCACCUCCCUCUCAGGCUCAGGACUGGCUGAGGAAGAGCUCUGGGAUACUUCUUCACCUGUCAACUCUACUUUUCCAUCAGAGGGAGGUCAAGUCCCCACCACGACACCUGCUGUGGCCAUGGACGAAGGUGUCCUUGAAAAGCAGGGCUCCUGCCCCAGCGUGGACUUCCCCAAGCUCGGCAUCUGUGAGGACCAGUGCCAGGUGGAUGGCCAGUGUCCUGGCAACAUGAAAUGCUGCCGCAACGGCUGUGGGAAGAUGACUUGUGCCACACCCAAACUCUGAGCUGCAGUCACCACCAGCCUGAGGAAUGGGACGAGAACGCUUCUGCCUGGCCGUGCAUCUGGCGUCAUUCCCGGGGCCUCCCUUCUCUCUGGUCUUUGUGUUUCUUCCUGGACCCGCAAAAGUAUCUCCCUUUUCUAACCAAUAAAGAGCUCCCUUUCAGCAAUGGA